AUGAAGUUGCUUGUGAUAUUUGCCGCAGCGCUGCUUGGCGUGCAAGCAGUACGAGUGCCGUAUGUAGUCACCGACGCCGAUGGAGAGAAAUAUCAAAUAUUACUGCCACAACAACGUCAAGGACCCGUAUAUAAUCGUCCUGCAUUUGAGUACAAACCGAAUGACUACGAAGUGUAUUUAUCGCCGUUGGAUCAUGAAGAAGUGAAGUUACAGCGUGGCGUGGAUUUGGACAGCAGACGUCCCGUCUACGAUUACAGCGCUGAAGACUAUCACUGGCCGCCAUAUAGGCAAGAUGUUGUUGGUGCAGCGCGACGCCGCGCCGAUUCCGCGCAGCAAUCGGACUCUGCAUCCAGCGAUGAAGAAGACCAAAGUAAACAGGAAAGACGUGGCAGCGCGCGCAGUGGCCAACAGUAUGGCUCGGGUUCGCAGGAGCGUGAAACUGAUGAUGAUGAAUACAGUUUGAUUUUGCCGCAUGCAUUGCAAGGACAAGUGCACGUGCCCGGCCUAGGUGUAAUCAAUGCUCCUGCUGUUAAGAAAGUUAAGGUUAAAGUGCCGCACUACGCAGAUGCUUUUCUCAGACAACAAAUAAUUGAACAAUACUUGGCUUCCCAAGGUCUUAAUCCCGAAGGCUUCGAUGUGAAGGGUUUGGUUGCACGCGGCCCACAUGCAGAAACAUCGCGUGAACGUGGUUGGGAUCUACAAUACUCAGAUAAACAACAGCCGAAAUCCAGAAGGUUUCCGCGUCCAAUUAAUUUGCAACAACUCAUGUAUGUUACAGUGCCGGAACGUAAGCGACGUCAAGCUGUGGAAGUAAGCGCCACAACUAACCCAAUCGAUAUCACAACAGUACCUGAUGUAACCGAGACAAGUACAAAUGCUGAAGCAACUACAGUCAGCGAGUUGGCGGAGGGUGUCACCGUAGCUACCGACACACCGUUGGCAGCCAUGACAAAUACACCAAUUGCAGUACCUACAGCUGCAACGCCAUCCAUUUCCGUAACUACCAGUAAACCUAUAAUACUACCUACAACCGAGUCUGUACCAAUUAUACCGUUAUUUGGUUACGGUUCACUAUUACCAGCAGAGGUCUCGCGUGUAGCUUUUGCGCCGCGUAUACCGCGCAGCCUAACAGCAGCCCCUGAGCUUCCAUUGGACGCAGUUUUGCCGUUCAAUAAAGCUAAAGCUAGAGUUUUGGCACAAGAUGUGAUCUCAACAUCAUAUUUAACGGUAAACAGUCGGUCCGCACGUGCAGUGCCUUUCGAUGGAAAAGUCCGCACACAACUGACCAAGGUCACGCCGGUGCCACCGUUGCCAAAUACAGAUGUGCGUGGUCCCAAGAUGUCCGACUUGCCACAUACGCGUAAGGCGCGUGCUGUGAAUGCAGCACCUGUAACUGCCGCCGUAACGGAGGUUAAUGCUCCCGUUGAGGAAGUGAAGACGGAAACAACGGCAGUCAAUUGCGAUAUACAGUGCACCAAAUUAGAUUUGAACCCUGUUUGUGCUUUCAAUGGUGAGUGUUAUCACGAAUUCGCAAAUCAAUGUGCGAUGGAGACCUUCAUAUGCCAGCGUCCGGAUUUAGGUUUCACGGCAACGCCGAGAGAGCGUUGUGUUAUGCAUUGGCUCAAGCGUUGCAGCUCGCAAGAUCUGAAGAUUGAGUAA